CUCGCACACUGUAGGUGACGUCAAACCAGCAUGGCGGUCAAGGUGACUUCGGCAUCGUUCCUUUUGCCAUUUUCAACCCCUACUUCUGUCAUUUCUCUUGGUGUUUUGCUCGUUUUCGUGUGUAGGAAGAGUCGAGGCGAGUGUGCGCCGGACGAGCGGGCGUCGUGCUCGGAGCCUUGCCUUGUAGCAUCACCGGGCUAGCUGACGCCCGGCGGUCGGCCGGUCGGCGGCGGCUGCUUGCUGGCUGGCCUUGAUGACACUUCUUCCCAACAAGCUGGAAGGAGGAAAUAGCUCCGUAAUGCUAACCAGCUGUCAGUCAUACUUUCUUCCUGACAAAACAAAAACAAACGCUAAGACGAACGUCUUUUUCUCUCUCCUCUUGAGCAGUCGAACGUAAUGUUAAUUCCCCGAGACUGCUUUUUGGUUUCUCGUGUCAUUGUAACGGUGCAAUCGACCAAACGUGGCGAUCCAAGUGAGCUGAAAGCCAUCUUCCAGAAGUAUGCCACCGAAGUGGACAAGGAUGGAGAGAGGUUCAUGACCCCAGGAGACUUUGUCCAGAAGUAUCUGGGCCUGCAAACACAGCUCCACCACAACCCCAGAACCGUACAGCUGCUGGCUGCUGUAGCUGACACUACGAAGGACGGGCUGAUCUCAUUCCAGGAGUUUCUUGCCUUUGAGUCGGUGUUGUGUGCACCUGACGCUCUUUUCAUAGUUGCCUUCCAGCUGUUUGACAAGACCGGAACUGGAGACAUUUCCUUUGAUAAUGUGCGAGACAUUUUCAGCCAGACCACUGUGCACCACCAUAUCCCCUUCAACUGGGACUGUGAGUUCAUCCAUCUGCACUUCGGGCACGACCGCAAGAAACGCCUCAACUACCUCGAGUUCACCCAGUUCCUGCAGGAGCUGCAGUUGGAGCACGCGCGGCAGGCCUUCGCCCAGAAGGACAAAGGAAAGAAUGGCGUCAUCUCCGCUUUGGACUUCAGUGACAUUAUGGCCACCAUCAGGCACCACAUGCUCACACCAUUUGUGGAGGAGAACCUUGUCUCAGCCGCAGGAGGCAGCACCUCUCACCUGGUCAGCUUCUCUUACUUCAAUGCCUUCAACUCUCUCCUUAACAACAUGGAGCUGAUCCGCAAGAUCUACAGUACACUGGCCGGCUCUUGGAACGACACGCUGGUCACCAAAGAGGAGUUUGUUCAUGCUGCCAACAAGUUCGGUCAAAUCACGCCAAUGGAAAUUGACAUCCUGUACCAGUUAUCAGGCUUGCACUCCCCCUCAGGACGCCUGAAUCUGGCUGACAUUGAGAGAAUAGCUCCGCUAGAAGAAGGAAGUCUUCCAUAUAACCUGGCUGAAACCCAGAAACAGACGCAGGCUCAAGGAGACAGUUCAAGGCCUGUGUGGCUCCAAGUUGCAGAAUCUGCUUACAGGUUCACGUUGGGCUCUAUUGCUGGAGCUACGGGCGCAACAGCAGUGUACCCAAUUGACUUGGUGAAGACUCGAAUGCAGAACCAGAGGUCCACGGGGUCUUUUGUCGGGGAGCUGAUGUACAAGAACAGCUUUGACUGCGCCAAGAAGGUCCUUCGCUACGAAGGGUUCUUUGGUUUCUACAGAGGUCUGGUUCCCCAGCUCAUUGGCGUGGCACCUGAGAAGGCCAUCAAACUCACUGUGAAUGACUUUGUACGAGACAAGUUCACCGACAAGGAUAACUCAAUUCCUUUGCUUGCUGAGAUCUUGGCAGGUGGCUGUGCCGGCGGCUCCCAGGUGAUCUUUACUAACCCUCUGGAGAUAGUGAAGAUCCGUCUGCAGGUGGCAGGCGAGAUCACCACCGGGCCUCGAGUUAGCGCACUCAACGUGGUGCGAGACUUGGGCUUCUUUGGCCUUUACAAGGGAGCGAAGGCCUGUUUCCUCAGGGACAUCCCCUUCUCCGCCAUCUAUUUCCCCGCCUACGCCCACCUCAAAUCUUCGAUGGCUGACGAACAAGGUCGGCUGGGUCCCUUGCAGCUUCUCACUGCUGGAGCCAUUGCAGGUAUCCCUGCAGCAUCACUCGUUACGCCUGCCGACGUCAUCAAGACUCGUCUGCAAGUGGCCGCCCGGGCGGGUCAGACCACCUACUCCGGAGUUAUCGAUUGCUUCAGGAAGAUCAUGCGGGAGGAAGGUUUCCGAGCCCUGUGGAAGGGAGCGGGAGCUCGUAUGUGCCGGUCCUCUCCCCAGUUUGGUGUGACUCUGGUGACAUAUGAACUCUUACAGAGGUGGUUCUACAUUGACUUUGGAGGACACCGUCCAUCAGGAUCCGAGCCCACGCCCAAAUCUCGCAUCUCGGAGCUCCCGCCCAUCAACGCCGAUCACGUCGGAGGCUACCGCUUGGCAGCCGCCACCUUCGCCGGUGUGGAGAACAAAUUCGGCCUCCACCUGCCCAAAUUCAAGUCCUCGGGCGUGGUGUCCAUUCACCCCCCAGAGCCCGCAACACCCACUAAGGCCACUUAGGCAAAGUCUGAGCAUUCAUAUCGCUUCUCCAUCACCCCCUCCCGUCUGCCAUCUUCUUCCAGGAGUCGGGUAUGAAGAUAUUUGCCAACAACAAUGAAGAGCACAGCCUUAGUCAUAAUGCCCAGGAGGGGGGCGUAGAUUCAAGAACAAAGGGCAGCUUGUGGUUAAAUGUAGUACAAACCCCUCCCCGGCCAAUCAUGGCAUAGCACCUGGUCACCAUGAGAACUGCAGCAACCGUGUCAUAUCUUCAAUGGCUGUCCACUCCUGGAAGCUCCAUCGGUCACUCCAGAAUCCAUACGAAAGAGCCUUACAGUCCUCUCUCAUGAGUACCUCUUAUUUUUGUUCGCUUGUUUUUUGUCUGGUACUCUUUAGAGAGUAAAGGCCGGGGUGGGGUGGGGGGGGGGGGGAGAAAGAAAUUAGCUUAUUAUCUGUGUAUUGUGUGUAGGGUUGCGGUGGGGGUGUGGGGUUCUGGGAACUUCUCAUGCAAAUUGAAAAUGGCUAAAUCUGGUUGGUUUAAAUCAGGAUUAUGCUGAAAUAGAUUUAUUUUUUACAUUUAAAUUCCAUAGUAAGAGUCACCCUUCAAUUUGGUAAAUUUCUGGUUAAUUCCCAUGGAAAGUUUCGGACUUACAUUUCUGGAAUUUUGCAACCCAAGUCGUGUGUGUCACUCACAGGAGGAUGAAUACUGUAAAUAUUGUAAAAGUUGUUUAGGGCAGCGGCUAUGAAAAUGUAUCAUGCAGUAUGCGACAUGUAGUACUGUACAUACUGGAAAACUGCUGAGACAGAACUGUAAAAAGGUGACAUCUAAUGCAUUGUGUGAUUAUUGUCAUGUUACAGCGAGAGGGGAUCUAUGAAAGUCACGCUUACUGGUGUACAGACCGUUGCGUUCAUGAAAUUAUUAAUGAAUUAUAUGCUUAUAAAUUCAGUCAUUGAAAUAAAUCCGUGGUUUUAAUUUUACAAACAGACUUUUGAGUUUUAUUACAAUGAGGAACUGCGACCAUAUCCACAGGACAACACGUUUGCAGAAGAAUAUUCUCUGCCAUUGUGUGGUUGCAAUGUACUUUCAAAAUGUGUUUCUCAUUGUUAAGGACAACAGGAAUCAUUUCAAGAACGUUUGAAGGAAAUCAAUCAAUGAAAUCUUGGAGACAUUGCAAGGAUUACGUCAAACUAUUCUAAAUCCUAAAGUUGUACAGUGUAAGGAAGUACAGUUGUAAGAAAUUAACUGAACCUCUAUGGGGCCUCCUUUUCACCAAACAGGUGACACAGUCUCGCCUUUAGGCUGGGUGUGGAUCGGCUGCACUGUGGGCUUCGGCUUCAUUCGUACAACUAGGUUCACGACCCCCGUCCUGCAUGUUUCCGACAGCGAGUGCUUUGUUUUUUGUUCAGCUUUUACAAUAUCUAGUUCCCAUUUCAUUCCCUCCUCAUUUUCUCUGUCACGCCCCUUUAAAAACAUUGUUCUGCUCUGUAAUUCUCAAUAAAUAUUCAUCAGAAUACAGAUUCUACAGUUGUAUCUUAAAAAGUUUGCAGUGACACAGUAAAACUGUUCUGGCAUAAAAGG